AUGUCUACUCGUGAGAAAAAACCCGAAUCCAGCGCAAUCCAAGACUUCUUGAGAAGAGUCUUUUUGAACUACUCAGUCUCCGGCACUCGCUACAGCAUGAACUACCUGCGUCUCCCAAAAUACAUCCAGCUCUGCGAAGAUGCUCACCUUCUCGGGCAAGACUUGAAAUCUAGAGAUAUUGAAGUCCUGUUCCAUUCUCUCAACAAAAGGAACCCAAAUAUGACUUUUAAAGCCUUUUUGGAGACUUUUACAAAACUUUCUGAGCUGAAGUUCCCAGACCUCUUUAGAAGAAACCCAGGAGAAGCCUUUUCCAAACUAAUCAUGGCCCAUUUCCUGCCUCUGGCUGAAGAGCUGCAAGCUAAACGAGAGCUGGUGACUGACGACAUGCUGGAAGUCUCUGAAGACUGCAAAAUGAUCCUCCACAACGUCAACAAAGGCUUAAAGCAGCUCUAUUUGGACACUUUUAGCUGGGAAACUGAAAACGAAACAUAUGACAACAUAAUGAACAAGUCCCAAAACGCCUUAGAAAUAUUACUGAGAGAGCUUGACAUUUACCCAGCCCUCAUCAGCAAGGCUAAAAUCUACUCCUUUUGGCGAGACAUCGUGAUAAUGCAAGACGCGACUUUUCAGCCAGCAGUCGAGCUCCUUCCUCAAGGCACCCAAGACAUCGGCAAAGUCCUCACCCUCAGCAAGUUUAUAUUGAUAAUCUACCUCUGCUCUAUUUUUGGGUACCAAGAAUCCCAAGUUUCCCCUAACUCCAAUUCUGAAAAACUGCUAAUUCUGUUAGAAAGAAUGGAACUUACCCGAAACAGCGCCAUUGCUUCUAAGAACUCAUUAUUGCCUUCGACAGACGUAAUGCAAAUUAUUAUGCAAAAAGAGCAAGCUGAAAUCCAACCUUCUCAACUUGAAAACCAGUCAGUAGAUGAAAACGCUGACUAUGGCUUAGACCAAGAAGGCGAAGAAAUUGUAGAAAAAUACGCGUAUAGGAUCCAGAGGAUUUUCCAGGUUUACUGUGCAUAUGGAGAUGCUCUUAAUACGUCUUCAAUGAAGUCUUCAAACUUGUUAAAGCUGCUAAAAGACUGUGGAUUAUUAAGCGAAACCCAGGUCUCAGAAAGCUUUGAUAUAUCAGUUUGUAGGAAAGGCAAGGAGGUGCCUAUUAUUACUGCAGUCGAAAUUGACUUGAUUUUUUCAAAGCUGACAGGGAUUAAUAAAGUUAAUAAAAACCAAAAACUGGCCAGGAAAAUCGAUUUUCAGCAGUUUUUGAAAGCAUUGGAAAUUAUUGCAAGAAAAGUUUACCCAACACAGCCAAUACAAGAAGCGUACCGUUUGCUGCUGGAAGAGUAUAUUUUGAAGCUAGAAGAAGAACUAAAUGAAAGCAGAAUAGUGUGUUCAGAAAACAUUAAGGAGGCGCUGGAGAGCUUGAAAAAUGAUGAUAUUAUUGAAGCUCUCAGCAUUGUGCAUAGGUCAAUUUUAUAUUUUUAUAGAUAUUACACUGACAACCAAAAUCUUAUGAGCUAUCCUAUAUAUUAUAAAUAAAGCAAAAUAAAAACAUUUUACUCCCCCCCCCCCCUCCGUGAGCGAACAAAACCAUUAGAAAAAUCGCCAUUUUUUGACCAAAAACCCACCCUCCGUGAGUGAACAAAAAUUUUUUUAAUAGAAAAAAUUUUUAAAUGAAAAAAAAUUUUGAUAUAUAAGUGAUAAUUUAGUAUAAUGAAAUCUAGAGCUAAUUCUGUUUAAUUUUAAACAAAUUGCGUUUUAAAACAUAAAUUUUGCAAAUUAAAUUAAUAUUUGCUUCCCAAUUUUUGCAAAUUAGGAUUUUUUUUAAAUUUCGAAAAAAAUAUUUUUUAUAAAAUUUAUAUAUAAAUUUUUUUUUAAAAAAAAAAAUUAACCCCCCUCCGUGAGCGAACAAAAUUUUUUUGUUCGCUCACGGAGGGGGGGGGGGGAGUUAGGAAAAUAAUUUAGGUUAUUUUUUAUGGAAUAUAACAAUUUCAUUGCUUUUUGCAGAGAUUUCGAAUUAUUCCCUGAUUUGGUCUCCAAAACUAAACUUGUCAGGUUUUUCUACACCUUGGCUGGAAUGGCCAAUGAAAAUGAGCCUGGAGUCUCAUUAGAUGCAAGCUUAUCUCGCACGUCAAUCCAAGAAAAACUCAGCAAGACUUCAACUGAGACAAUUGAUGAGCAUUUAUUUGUGGAAGCUUUAGCCUUGAUUUCUGCUGAAGUAAAAUACGAAGACCCGAACUUGAACCCUAUUGAAAAACUUUGCUUUUUGAUGGAAAGGAUGAGCCAAAGCACUGGCCCAGUGAAGAUUUUGAGAGAACAAGGGCAUAACAGAAGCUCUCAUGGAGAAAUCCAUGAUUUAUUGGCAUUGCUAAAGGUGAGAUACCCUCAGAUUCUGGACCAUACCCAGAAGAAAGAGUUGAACUUCGAAGAUUUGGCCUCUUUAAUUUCAAUCUAA